GAGAAGGCGAAGGUGAAGAGGGAGCGAAGGAGGAGCCUCCUGCCCUCGCCAGAAAAUUACCUAGCCACUUAAUCCCAAGACUCUGGUACUUGGGCCCCAAUCUCUGGUGCCCACAGACUCCAGGCCGAGAGUCCUCUCCUCCCCGCUGCCCUUCCUACUCUUCGGCCCCCUGGGGGCUGCCUGGGGGCUGGGACUGGCAUGAUCAGUUGAAAACUUUGCAGGGUCAGCUCUUCUCUCUGAUUUUUCCUCUGCGGCUCCGAGACGAGGGGACUUCAGAGUCCCGGGCUCAGGACGGACAGAAAGACAGACGGCCAACCGCGCCCAGGCACGCCCGCAGAGCCCCUGCAUUCCCCGCCCCCGCCCGCCUCGCCGGGACCAUGUCCAAACCUUCAGACCACAUCAAGAGGCCCAUGAAUGCCUUCAUGGUAUGGUCCCGGGGCCAGCGGCGCAAGAUGGCCCAGGAAAAUCCCAAGAUGCACAACUCGGAGAUCAGCAAACGCCUAGGCGCCGAAUGGAAGCUCCUGUCCGAGGCAGAGAAGCGGCCUUACAUCGACGAAGCCAAAAGGCUGCGCGCCCAGCACAUGAAGGAGCACCCCGACUACAAGUACCGGCCUCGGCGCAAGCCGAAGAACCUGCUCAAGAAAGACAGGUAUGUCUUCCCCCUGCCCUACCUGGGCGACACGGACCCGCUCAAGGCGGCCGGCCUGCCCGUGGGGGCUUCCGACGGCCUCCUGAGCGCGCCCGAGAAAGCCCGGGCCUUCUUGCCGCCGGCCUCGGCGCCUUACUCCCUGCUGGACCCUGCGCAAUUUAGUUCCAGUGCCAUCCAGAAGAUGGGUGAAGUGCCCCACACGUUGGCCACCAGCGCGCUGCCCUACGCGUCCACCCUGGGCUAUCAGAACGGCGCCUUCGGCAGUCUCAGCUGCCCCAGCCAGCAUACGCACACGCACCCGUCCCCCACCAACCCGGGCUACGUGGUGCCCUGUAACUGUACCGCCUGGUCUGCCUCCACCCUGCAGCCCCCUGUCGCCUACAUCCUCUUCCCAGGCAUGACCAAGACUGGCAUAGACCCUUAUUCGUCAGCCCACGCUACGGCCAUGUAACCCCCAGCUUGGCCGGGACCUGAAGGGUGGUGUGGAAGCAGAGAUCUGAUUCCUUUCCUUUGCACCUAGUCUGGCCCACAGAUGCCUCUGGGUCAGGCCUACUGCUGCCCCCUGCCCACCCCAGACUCUGCCUCUCUCUUCCAGGGGAAAAGGGAGGGGCCGCCAUCCUGGACCCAAGGCACAGACUCGUGCUGGAAAUUUCCAAACGUUUAGAAAGCUACACAUGUUCCCCUCUCCCGACUCUCCCAAAGCAAACCUCCGACUGUACCCCCUUUGGACAAAAAAAAAAGUAGGCAAUUUGCUUUAUUUACGUCCCCCUCACUGUCCGCGGAUAGGCUUUGGACUCGGAACUCCCAGAUCCUGGUAUUAUAUCUAGAACAUGCGUAUAUAUAUUUUUCCUUUCCCACUGAAGAAAAGAGCUGAGUCUUGCUGCUGUGCCAUCAGACCCAGCUAGGCACCAUUUGCUCUUCCCGUGUGGGGGUGAGAGGCUUAAAAGUUUAAAACUUCAGGAAGGGAAACCUUUCUGUUUCAAACCAUACUGUGGUCGUGUUUGCUUCGAUAAAGAGAAAAAAAAAAAAAGGAACCAUGUGGCUUUUCACUUUGUGUACCGCAGUACUCCUAGACACCUAAGUUUACUUUUAGACAGAAUGUCAGGUAAUGAAAUCAGGAAGUAGAAAGUGGACAAAAACCUUAAAAUAAUAAUAAAAAAAAACAUCCUACAUGGUCAUAAAUGUUUUGACAAUGUCUUGGAAAUGUACCUAGAAGGAUUUUUUUUUCUCAUUCCUCUGUUCAUUUUGUUGAACAAAGACGUUUUAAAUAAAGACAAUCUGUCACUGC